GUAAGUCUAUUUCCUUCCGGCUAUCUGUUUUAAUCUUAGUUAUAAUAUAAUCUUAGUUGGUUGAAUUAGGGGUUUUUUCUUGUAGUAAUUUAGUUAAAUGUCAAAAACUCAAAUACUACGGGUCUGUAGUUCUAUACCAUCAUCCCAAUUGUCAAUAGCCCAGGUAGGUUAAAUUAGGGUUUUAAUCGCAGACGAAUAGAUGAGGGCACAAGGCGAAUCACAGACAACCCAAACCCAGACCCUCUUCUCUUUCGUUUUUCAUACCUAGGGUUAACAUCGCAUAAGAUUCUUUUGAGGUAAACAGACUUUCUAUUUAUUUUGUGCUUUGUUGUUGAAUUGUGAAUUAUGGAAGUUAUGUUGGCUCUCUCUCUCUGGUUAGUAAUUCAAUGUGUACCACCUACCUUUGCUACUUUAUCAAAAUGAUGUUACUUGCAAGUAAUUCUCUAUAUGUGUUGUUGUGUCUUUCUAUUCAAAUAUCAUGUGAAUUUAAGGUUACAACGACAUACAAAGGAAACUCUGCCUGCCUACCUGCAGACACCAAACUUAAAAACCCAUUUUAAUUACUUUUGAUGAUAUAAUGAUAGGCAAUCAAGGAAACUACAAAGUGAGAUAAUUUAAUGUAACAUAUACAUGACUUUUGGUUUUUAUGCACAACUGCCAAAAUGGAUAAUCUUAUCUGCGGUAUCUAUAUUUUUAUGUGAAUUCCUCUCAUAUAUGGUUGAAAAAAGUAUGGCAUUGUGCAUAGAUAAUGACUUUUCGUUUUGCACACUUUUACUCUGUUGAAUCGCUGAUUUGCAUGUCCAAAUGGGAUAUUGAUUUUCACCUUAGGCUCCAGUUCAUGAUUAUUCUCUUACAAUAUUGUAUGGUGUGUUAUGUUUUAGCUAAGAGUAGGCUGUAAAUAUGGCUGAGAGACAAUUGGGUGAUCCACAUGAUACUCAGAUGCAUUCUCCUCAAUCACAAACGAAAGAUGAUAUGAUUGGAUAUGUUAUGGCGUUGGAGGCUGCUUUACUCCCAUGUCUUCCUGCAAGAGAGCUUCAAGCUAUUGAUCGUUCUCCCCACCCUUCACAUCAGAUUGAUGUAGAGAGGCAUGCUAGAGAUUUCAUGGAGGCUGCUAAAAAACUCCAACUGUACUUUAUCAGUUUGCAGCGUGAGGAUCAGCCAACCAAAGAAGAAAUCUUGCAAAAGGAUAUUGCGAUGAUGGAGGAAGAAGUGAAGACAAAGACUGAUCUUAUAAAAAAGCAGGAAAGAUUGAUUCAAGGGUGGAGAAAAGAGCUAAAAGACCAAUUAGAGAAACAUAAUGUGGAGUUGGAGAGGGUUUAAAUGUAUGUAUGAUCACAAUUCAUUCUCUUGUGUUGAUUAAUUCACAUUAUUUAGUCUGUAUUUUACACUUGUUCCCUUGAAGAGCCUCGCUCGAGAUGUUUGUUUUGUACUUACAGGCAUUUCUUGAAUUCUGCAUUAUUAAGAAUAGAAAUAAAUAACUCAAUCUUGAACCAAAAA